AAAUGAGAAAUUAAAGGAAAUCAUAAGUAACUUAAAAUUUCCAGUUUUUUAGAGUCCUUUUAGAACAAAUUAAUCUAUUAUGAGAGACAGUCCAAAUACUUAAUUAGAUGAAUCAAGCAUAUCAACCAAUAGGAUACCAUAAAAUAGAGAAUCAACAAGAGCUAGAAUGAAGAUUAAUUAAUCUCAUAAUAAUGCUCUAAAUUAAGGUGGAUAAAUUAGAAAAUAAAUUGCAAAUGAAAGAACAUCAGCUAAAGGUGGCAAUCCUAAUGAAUUCAAUCCAAAGAAAUUUGUGACUAAAGAUCUGAAAGUAAUUAUAGCAAUCUAUAACAGGAAUCUGAUAUUAUAGAUAUCAAACAAGUUUUUGAUUAUUAUGAUUCUGAAUAAGCUGGCAUAUUAUCACCAAAUGAUCUAGAGUAAUUACUUAUUAGUUUUGGAUAUCAUCCAACUAAAGAGACUCUAUAUGGUAUUAAGGUUUCAAUCAUUACCUUUUAGAAAUUUUUUCAGAAUUAGAUGAAGAUGAAUUAGGAGGAAUUACAUUUGAAUAUUUUCUUUCCAUUUUGAAUCAAGACAAAUCAAAAUCAGAAAGAAAGGAUACAAUCAGAAGAGUAUAUAGGAAAUAUGAUAAAAACAAUAAAGGUUUCAUAACACUUCAAGAUUUAAGAUAAGUAGUUUACAAAGAUUUGAAAGAAGAAAUUGACGAAGAAGUCUUAGCAGAAGUAAUUUUUAGAAAUAAAAAAAGAUCUUUAAAAAAGCAGACUCUAAUCAAGAUGGAAAGAUGACAUUUGAAGAUUUCUAUAAUGUAAUGACCAAAAAGGUGUAUUAUUGAUAUUAUUAUACAGUGCAU